GAAGUAACACUGGUCAGUUGAUGUUGGUUUCUCAACAAGCACUAAUGCAAGCCCAAAACCAGACCCAAAAUAACACAACUGUAAGUUGGUCAAUACCUACAAAUGCACCUACAGUCAAAAUACAGACUGUACAGAAUUCUGGAACUCAGGUAUUUAAAGUACUAGCAGCUCCUGUUAAAACAGUGUCUCGGACAACUCAUUCCAUUACCUCUACUGUUAAGAAGCCUGCUAUAAUCCAGUCAGUAGCCACAACAAAUAGUAUUGCCACAGUUACGACGGCGAAGUCUUUGAUUACGGGGCCAUCAGCAAAGCCUCUUGCUUCUGAUACUUCUGUACUAUCUAUCCCUUCUGAUAGUUCUGUACUAUCUGUUGUUCCAAAACCAGUUCCCAACACUGAAGGCAACCAAACCAGCAAUUCUACAGAAAUGCUGGAAAACGUGAAAAAGUGCAAGAACUUUCUAGGAACGCUAAUAAAACUGGCAUGCAGUGGGCCUCAAGCACCUGAAAUGGGGCAGAAUGUGAAGAACCUGGUACAAAGUCUGUUGGAAGCUAAAAUUGAACCUGAAGAAUUUACCAAAAAAUUGUACAUUGAGCUAAAGUCUUCUCCCCAGCCCUAUCUUGUACCCUUUCUGAAGAAAAGCGUGCUUGCCUUACGGCAGUUAAUGCCUAACACGCAGACCUUUAUACAACAGUGUCUUCAGCAGUCUGUACCACAAACAACUGCUUCUACUUGUACUACUGCACUAUCAACUUCGUCUGUAGUUGCUAAUUGCGGUCCUGUGACUACAACUUCGCUUCCACCUGGACGACCAGUACCUAGAACUCCAGUGGGGAUAUCUUCCCCACAGAUGUCAAGCCCAGUCUCCUGUACGUCUUUGACAAGAGGAUCUGGUUCUCUUCCACUUGUUCAGCCAGCCCAUGCCUUGCCCAUAAGGACGCUCUCCCUCCAAGGUCCCAAUCCUGUCCCCUCCAUUCAACUGACAACAGGAAUAAAUACGGUGAAGGCUGUAUGUCCAACCCCGUCCACGGCAAUAGUGACAACAGGUGCUACUUCCCUUCAGGUUGUAAAACCUGUCCAUCCCCCUACAGUGUCAUCAGCCACUCUUGCUGCUUUUAGUUCUGUAAAAUCAGCCUCGUCCUCUGCUGUGGCAGCAUCGCUUCAAGCUGUAAAACCAACCCUGACUACGGUUGCAGCCACCUCUGGAAUGCCAGUUGCUGGGACACCGGUGACGAUCAGAGUUGCACAUCCUAGUUCCGUUCUUUCUCAGUCAGUUCGGACUUCACAAGCUGUGAAGGUAAAGCAGCUGAUAGUCCAGCAGCCAUCAGGAGGCAUCUUGAAAAAAGUGACCACACUCCAACAGGCAUCCGCAUUCCCUAUUGUGAACAAAUCAGAUGGGAAAAUGCCAUUGAAUGCUUUUAUCCAGGCUAGCCAACUUCCUGCAGGCUCCAUUGUGAAACAAAUUACCCUGCCAGGAAACAAAAUUCUGUCGCUUCAAGCAUCUCCUGUUCACAGAAAUAAAAUAAGAGAGAACGGAACAACAUCCUUCAGGGAUGAAGAUGACAUCAACGAUGUGACUUCUAUGGCUGGGGUCAACUUGAGUGAGGAGAGCGUCUGCAUAUUAGCAACAGAUUCUGAAGCACUUGGCACAAUUAUCCGAUCUUGUCCAGAGGAACUCCUCCUUUCUUCAGAUGGGCUGCAGAAGAAGAUCUUAGAAAUAGGUAAAAGGCAUGACAUUACGGAAGUUAAUUCGGAUGUUCUGAACUUGAUCUCCCAUGCUACACAGGAGAGAUUAAGAGGGCUUUUGGAGAAACUGACUGUAAUUGCUCAGCAUCGUGUGAUGACCUAUAAGGGGAGUGACAAAUACACACUCUCUAGCGAUACACGGGCUCAGCUUAAGUUCCUCGAGCAGCUGGAUCACGUGGAGAAGCAGAGGAAGGAUGAGGAAGAAAGAGAGAGAUUAUUCCGAGCUGCCAAGAGCCGUUCCAAUAAAGAGGAUCCGGAACAGCUGCGAUUAAAGCAGAAAGCUAAAGAGAUGCAGCAAUUAGAACUUGCACAAAUGCAGCAAAUGGAGGCUAAUCGUGCGGCUCUGGCAGCCAUCGGGACAAGGAAAAAGAGACCACUGGAUUCAUCUAAUCUUGCAUCUAGACUUGAGGGCUUGAACACAUCACCCAGCCUUGCAAAGCCGUAUCUUCGUCCAAGAAUAACACGCAUCUGCCUCAGGGACUUGGUCUUUUGUAUGGAACAAGAAAAAGAGAUGAAGCAUUCCCUAGCCUUAUACCAGGCUCUUCUGAAGUAAUGACGAGACUUCUGUUGCAUUUCAGCUUGCUACCAUUUGUUGCCAAAGAACAUCUGUUUGCACUGUUCUGAAGUCUGUUCUCGGGAAACAGUCCCUUACAAGGAAUAGUCUCUUCGGUGGU